UAAAAUAAGUUUAUUUCUCACAGUCUGGAGAGGACUGGUUCAAGGAUCACAGGCUAUGAAGUAUUCAGGAGCUCAGUCCUCCGUCUCAUUGCUCUGUUAUCUUAGGGUGUUGUCUUUGCAUGAUCAAAGCUGGCUAACUAGUUUCGUUUUUUUUUUUUUUUUGAGACGGAAUCUCGCUCUGUCGCCCACCCAGGCUGGAGUGCAAUGGCCGGAUCUUGGCUCGCUGCAACCUCCGCCUCUCGGUUUCCAGCGAUUCUUCUGCCUCAGCCUCCCGAGUAGCUGGGAUUACAGGCGUGUGCCACCACGCCCAGCUAAUUUUUGAAUUUUUAGUAGAGUCAGGGUUUCACCAUGUUGGUCAGGCUGGUCUCAAACUCCAGACCUCGUGAUCCGCCUGCAUCGGCCUCCCAAAGUGCUGGGAUUACAGGCGUGAGCCACUGUGCCCGGCAAAGCUGGCUAACUAGUUUCAACCUUUUUUUUUUUUUUUUUUUUUCUGAGAUGGAGUCUCACUCUGUUGCCCAGGCUGGAGUGCAGUUGCGUGAUCUCGGCUCCCAGGUCCAAGUGAUUAUCUUGCCUCAGCCUCCAGAGUAGCUGGGAUUACAGGCGCCCACCACCAAGCCUGGCUAAUUUUGUAUUUUUCGUAGAGACGGGGUUUCACCAUGUUAGCCAGGCUGGUCUUGAACUCCUGACCUCAGCUGAUCCACCCGCCUCGGCCUCCCAAAGUGCUGGGAUUACAGACAUAAGCCACCGCACUCGGCCUUCAACCAUGUUUUCAGAGCAGCUCGUGGGAAGUAGGACAGAGAGUAGAAGGCAGGAGGCUUCAUCUUUAAGGAGAUGAGCUGGAAGUUAAAUAAUUCUGCUUACAUCCCAUUGACCUAAACACAAUCACAGGGUCACAUUUAGUUCCAAGGUAGCUGGGAGAUAUAGCCCAAAGUUGGGUGCCCAUGGACCCAGCAAAAACUCAGGGGAAAUCAAAUGGGAAGUGGAGAACGACAAUUAGCAGCCUCUGGCAGAUAAGAUCCAGAAGAAACAGGUCUUUCUUCAUAAAAUACAUUUUUUGAGUAGGAUUCCAUUACUUGAAUUUUUGUAGAAAAUGAAACAAUGCUAUGUGGCAAUAAAGACAUUCUUAGGUUACUCUAUUUUUGUAAGAGAUUUCAUAGAUUCAAAAAAAAUCCUAUUACUUACUAUUUUGACUCUUUGGUAAAAUAACCCACCUUUUCAUCUUUAGAAUUCAGAGAACUGGUAAAACCACUGAUACUAAACUAGUGAUUAUUUUCACGAAUUGUCAAAAUGCAUUCAUUCUCUAUCUAGUAAAGACAAAUAAUGAAGAAUUAUAUCUGUAUUAUUUAUCUAUUGCCAUGUAACAAAUUAUGACAAAAUUUAGGAGCUUAAAACAAACACUAUCUCACCCAGUUUCUGAGGUCAAGAAUUUCAGACCUUAUUUGGGUAGUUCUGGCCAGGGUUUCUCCUGAGGUUGUAGUCAAGAUUUUGGCCAAGGCUUGAGUUGUCUGAAAGCCUCACUGGGCUGGAGGAUUCGCUUCAAAGCUGACUCACAUGACUGCUGGAGGAAGGCAGGCUCCAGUUUCUUACAAAGGGAACCUCUCUGUAAAUCUGACACAUAGCAGCCAGGUUCCACCAGCAUGAGUGACCCAUGAGACAGGGAGUAAGAGAGGGCAAUCAAAAUGCCAAAAAUGUCUCUUAUAACCUAAUCUCAGAAGUGACAUACCAUUACUUUUGCUCUAUUCUAUUGGUCACUCAGACCAAUCCUGUUACAAGGUGGAGGUGAUUAUAUGAGUGUGAAUACCAGGAAGUGGGAAUCACAGGGUGGGGGUCGGGGGUGGGGCAUUUUAGAGGCUGCCUACUACAAUACCUAACCUUAGGUAUUGUUGGAAAAAACAAAACUCCAUAAAAUCUAUCAAUCUAUGAAGUAAAAAACAAUUUAAAAAAUUCUAUCUAGUACAAUUAUUAGCCCUAAAGUUUGUCACAGUAAACAAACUUAAGGCAUUGACUUUGCACAAGAAGAAAAAAGUUGGUUGACUCCUUUGCAUAAGUUUAAUUUUAUAAUUUCAUUAGGUCUCAAAAGCAUUGAAUCUUUCAGGUAUUAUUUGAUUAAAAUGAUGUCUGUUUAGAGUUCUUCACACAGUCAGAAACGGGUUUCUUAGAAUAAACAUUUUAUCAACUCUGGUUUGGUUUCUUGAAAAGGUUCAGAAGUUAAUGUCAACAAGUAAAGAUCCUUUGAAAGUAAGUGAGUUUCUCUAAGUUUUGGUCCAGUUUAAAGGCAUAGGAUCCUCUAAUGUUGCCUUAACACUGAGCUAUAUUUGGGAAGUUGGCAUACAGAGGGUCUGUCUUGGAUUAGGUCUCAAAAUACCUAAAGGAUUUCCUUAAACAGGCCCAGGGUCAGAUAUAACAGGUGCAUCACUUCUAAUUUUGGAACCAGAAGCAGCCAGCUUAGAGUGAGGUUGUUCUACAUUCAUUCAGUAGGAGUUUAGAUAUUACUUUGAGUUUCUCUUUGAGUUUAAAAGGCAAGCUUUUAAACUCAAAAACAAGGGCGAUCCAUGUUUUAAGUAGUGGCAAUACUCAGGAAUUUUUUUUUUGAGCAGAAUGAGAAGUAUAUGCAAUGUAAAUGUAUUUUAAAAAGAAAAGCAACAGGUUUCACUUGAAGCUAUAUUUUUCUUUUCCUUUUUUUUUUUUUUUUUUUGAGACGGAGUUUCGCUCUUGUUGCCCAGGCUGGAAUGCAAUGUUGGGAUCUCGGCUCACCGCAACCUCCGCCUUCCGGGUUCAAGCGAUUCUCCCGCCUCAGCCUCCCGAGUAGCUGCGAUUACAGGCAUGUGCCACCACGCCCGGCUAAUUUUGUAUUUUUAGUAGAGACGGGGUUUCUCCAUGUUGGUCAGGCUGGUCUCGAACUCCUGACCUCAGGUGACCGGCCUGCCUCGGCCUCCCAAAGUGCUGGGACUACAGGCGUGAGCCACCACGCCCGGCUGAAACUAUACUUUUCUAAACCUGAUUUCAAAGUGUUUCUUCGCUACAACAAGUAAAUUUGAGGCAGGGACAUUUUUUCAUUUAGGUAACGAUAACGUUUGUAUUCUCUAAAAGCAGCAUAAUUUGAGAUAGAAUAUUUAAACAUUAAGAAAUUAAAGACGCUCCAAGGAAAGGGAAUACAUGACUGAUCGCUUGCACUGAAAAUACUGGAAAGUGUCUAACGUAGUUUUUUAAAAAUUUAUGUCGUUGGACUCUCACCACCUGGCCUGCCUUGCCCCCAUUCCAAAGUAUUUGACUACAUGUCUAAACCUAUAGUAAAGCUCCCUUUUCUUCUCCCUCUCCUCCACCAUAGCCUAAAAGACUGAAUUAGUUCCUAUGAUUAACCAUGUAUUUAAAUAAGGACACCAGAUGUUGUUGUAUUUUAGCAAAAUAAAAUGCCGGUGCAACAGAAGCAUGGUGGAUAAAUUCUGGGUUCUAAAGCAUAAUCUGACUUUGUCAAUACCCUGCCAUUCAACGUCGGAGAGUGGGAAGUUGAGCUGAAGCCUCGAGCACUGGUGGAAGCCAUGGCCAGUCCAGUCAGCAUGUUAUCAAGCAAUUACAAGAUGAAUUUUUUAAGAAGGGGGGAAAAAAAACCCCUAACGUCUUCCGACAGUGACAUGUCUCUGUGAUGGGGUGCUCAGCUACAGUGACAGGGUGAACAAAAACGUCUUUGGCAAAGCCUUCAUCUUGCCGUAGUACGUGAGCUGUACUUCUAAUAGGAAUCAGCAGUCCACGGUUGAUUUAUGGACAGAGUGUGUCGUCCCGCACCGUGCCAGUUCCCGGAGCCUCCGCCAAUUAGCUCUAUUUUCUGCUUAAGCCGUUAAAGCCACCUCCAUGGAAACACCAGGGGAGCAGGCCGGGGGGAAGGGAGCAGACAGGUGCGCCCUCUGGAAAGAAAUACACAAAGGGCCGACACUGCGCCGCCGUGUCCCUGGCAACUCCACGCCAGCCCGGCGCGCGCGUUUCACGCGGCGCAGCGGCAGGGUUGGCGGGUGGCGCACGCAGGUUGCCCCACGUCGGCCGGCAGAGCCCCUCGGCCUGCUCGCGGACGCGGCGCCAGUGCAGCGCGAAGCCGGCUCGGGGCGGUGGCGGCGGCGGCGGCGCCCGCGCUGUAGGGACUUGUAGUCCGCGCGCCUCCCGGGCACCUCCCCCGGGUAGGCCGGCCAGCGCGUCCCCGCCCGCCGUAAGUCGACUUCCUGCUGCUGCCAAGACUACACCUCCCGCCGUCCUCUCCGCUGUCGGGCCGAAAGCGAAAACAAAUUCUGGGCUGCGAGGUGCUGUUCUCUCCCGGGCGCCCCCACCCGCUCCCCGCCCCUCCGGCGCCCUCCAGCGAGGUGGGGAAACGAAAGGCCGCCUCUUUCUUUUUUGGUUUCCUCGGCUCCCGGCGUGGGGAGUGCGCGGGGGCACAGGCCUCGCUUCACCUGAGCCGGCCCAGCGUGCGCGCCAGGGGCGGGGGUUUUCUCACUUCACACCGUUACGGACGAGGAAACUUGUGGGGGCGGCGACCCCCGGCCUGGGUCCUGAGUCAGGCAGCGAGGCCGUCGGGAAGUGACUACUCACUCUCGGGGUUUUCCUUAAUCCCGCUCCCCCUGUUUGUCGUGGGCGCGUGUUCGCUCCGAGGAGGCGGCCGCGUGCGGACAGCCAUGCAUUAGGGAGGGCUCCCCUAUGCGCCCGGAGAGCGCGGACCGCUGCUUCGGGCCGCCGCCGCCUGCCGCCGCUCGCGGAGCCCGAGCCCCAGCCCGAGCCGCCGCCUGCCCCAGGCCGGGGCGUCGAGCAGCCGGCGGCCUGGCCAUGUGGGGCUAGCCCUCGCCGCGCCUGGCCUGCAGCAGGACCAGCAACAUGGAGGCGGCCGUCGGCGUCCCCGACGGCGGGGACCAGGGCGGCGCGGGGCCCCGCGAGGACGCGACGCCCAUGGACGCCUAUCUGCGGAAACUGGGCUUGUAUCGGAAACUGGUCGCCAAGGACGGGUCGUGCCUGUUCCGGGCCGUGGCGGAGCAGGUAUUGCACUCUCAGUCUCGCCAUGUUGAAGUCAGAAUGGCCUGUAUUCACUAUCUUCGAGAGAACAGAGAGAAAUUUGAAGCGGUAACUUGUAAUUUCAAACAUUUUAUAGAAGGAUCAUUUGAAGAAUAUUUAAAGCGUUUGGAAAAUCCACAGGAAUGGGUAGGACAAGUGGAAAUAAGUGCCCUUUCUCUUAUGUACAGGAAAGAUUUUAUAAUUUAUCGGGAACCAAAUGUUUCUCCUUCACAAGUAACUGAAAAUAAUUUUCCUGAAAAGGUGUUACUGUGUUUUUCAAAUGGAAAUCAUUAUGAUAUUGUGUAUCCCAUAAAGUAUAAAGAAAGCUCUGCUAUGUGUCAGUCUCUCCUUUAUGAAUUGCUGUAUGAGAAGGUAUUUAAAACUGAUGUUAGUAAAAUUGUGAUGGAACUAGACACGUUGGAAGUAGCUGAUGAAGAUAACAGUGAAAUAUCAGAUUCAGAGGAUGACAGUUGCAAGAGUAAAACUGCUGCUGCUGCUGCUGCUGCUGAUGUGAAUGGAUUUAAACCUUUGUCAGGCAAUGAGCAGCUGAAGAACAAUGGGAACUCUACUAGCCGGCCUUUGUCUAGAAAGGUUCUUAAGUCACUCAAUCCUGCAGUCUAUAGAAAUGUGGAAUAUGAAAUUUGGCUGAAGUCUAAACAAGCUCAGCAAAAACAUGAUUAUUCCAUUGCUGCUGGCUUACAAUAUGAAGUUGGAGACAAAUGUCAAGUUAGGUUGGAUCACAAUGGAAAAUUUUUGAAUGCAGAUGUUCAAGGAGUUCAUUCUGAGAAUGGACCAGUUUUGGUUGAAGAACUGGGAAAGAAGCACACAUCAAAGAACCUCAAGGCACCUCCCCCAGAAAGCUGGAACACAGUGUCAGGGAAGAAGAUGAAAAAACCUUCCACUUCUGGACAAAAUUUCCAUUCUGAUGUGGAUUACAGAGGGCCAAAGAAUCCAAGCAAGCCAAUAAAAGCCCCAUCAGCACUACCUCCUCGACUGCAGCAUCCUUCAGGAGUAAGACAACAUGCGUUCUCUAGUCAUUCUUCAGGGUCACAGUCUCAGAAAUUCUCCAGUGAGCACAAAAAUCUUAGCCGGACACCUUCACAGAUCGUAAGAAAACCUGAUCGUGAAAGAGUUGAGGAUUUUGAUCACACAAGUCGAGAAUCUAACUAUUUCGGCCUUUCCCCAGAAGAGCGCAGAGAGAAGCAAGCUAUAGAAGAAUCCCGUUUACUCUAUGAGAUUCAGAACAGAGAUGAACAGGCUUUCCCAGCCCUUUCCAGCUCAUCAGUCAGUCAGUCAGCUUCUCAGAGUAGCAAUCCAUGUGUCCAGAGAAAAUCAUCACAUGUAAGCGAUAGAAAAGGAAGCAGGCGGAGAAUGGAUACAGAAGAACGAAAAGACAAAGACUCUAUUCAUGGACAUAGUCAGUUGGAUAAAAGACCCGAACCAAGCACAUUGGAGAAUAUUACUGAUGAUAAAUAUGCAACAGUUUCGUCACCAUCAAAGUCGAAGAAGUUAGAGUGCCCUUCUCCUGCAGAACAAAAGCCAGCAGAACAUGUGUCUUUGUCAAAUCCAGCUCCCCUUCUAGUUUCUCCAGAGGUACAUCUAACUCCUGCGGUGCCUUCUUUACCAGCCACUGUGCCAGCCUGGCCAAGUGAACCUACAACUUUUGGACCAACAGGUGUCCCUGCUCCAAUUCCCGUUUUGUCAGUGACACAGACUUUGACCACUGGACCUGAUUCUGCUGUAUCCCAAGCUCAUUUAACACCCUCUCCAGUUCCUGUGUCAAUACAGGCAGUUAACCAGCCCUUGAUGCCUUUGCCUCAGACAUUGAGCCUUUAUCAAGACCCACUCUAUCCUGGGUUUCCUUGUAAUGAAAAGGGAGAUCGAGCCAUUGUACCACCUUAUUCACUGUGUCAGACUGGGGAGGACCUACCUAAAGAUAAGAAUAUUCUUCGAUUCUUCUUCAAUCUUGGUGUGAAGGCCUACAGUUGUCCUAUGUGGGCCCCACAUUCUUACCUGUACCCUCUGCACCAGGCCUACCUGGCAGCCUGCAGGAUGUACCCAAAGGUCCCUGUCCCUGUUUAUCCUCAUAAUCCCUGGUUCCAAGAGGCUCCUGCUGCUCAGAAUGAAAGUGAUUGUACCUGUACUGAUGCCCACUUUCCUAUGCAGACUGAGGCCAGUGUUAAUGGUCAAAUGCCACAGCCAGAGAUUGGACCGCCGACAUUUUCUUCACCUCUGGUUAUCCCUCCAUCUCAGGUGUCUGAAAGUCAUGGACAAUUGUCUUACCAGGCUGAUCUUGAAUCUGAGACCCCUGGGCAGCUUCUGCAUGCUGAUUAUGAAGAGUCACUUAGUAGCAAGAGUAUGUUCCCUCAACCAUCUUUUGGACCCAAUCCAUUCUUAGGCCCAGUUCCUAUUGCACCUCCUUUCUUUCCUCAUGUUUGGUAUGGGUACCCUUUUCAGGGAUUCAUAGAAAAUCCAGUAAUGAGGCAGAAUAUUGUUCUGCCCUCUGAUGAAAAAGGAGAAUUGGAUCUGUCUCUGGAAAAUCUGGAUCUGUCUAAAGAUUGUGGUUCAGUUUCAACAGUAGAUGAGUUUCCAGAAGCCAGGGGUGAACAUGUGCAUUCUCUCCCUGAAGCAAGUGUGAGCAGUAAGCCAGACGAAGGCCGGACAGAGCAAUCUUCCCAGACACGAAAGGCAGAUAUGGCAUUGGCUUCCAUCCCUCCUGUAGCAGAGGGAAAGGCUCAUCCUCCCACUCAGAUUCUAAACAGAGAGAGAGAAACUGUGCCUGUUGAACUUGAACCUAAAAGGACCAUUCAAAGUCUGAAAGAAAAAACAGAAAAAGUAAAAGAUCCUAAGACUGCUGCUGAUGUGGUCAGCCCUGGGGCCAACUCUGUGGAUAGCAGAGUGCAAAGACCAAAAGAAGAGAGUUCAGAAGAUGAAAAUGAAGUGUCUAAUAUUUUGAGAAGUGGUAGAUCCAAGCAGUUCUAUAAUCAAACUUACGGAAGCAGGAAGUACAAAAGUGAUUGGGGCUAUUCUGGUAGGGGCGGAUAUCAACAUGUGAGAAGUGAGGAGUCCUGGAAAGGACAGCCAAGCAGAAGUCGGGAUGAAGGUUAUCAGUACCAUCGAAAUGUCAGAGGACGACCAUUUAGGGGAGAUAGGAGGAGAUCAGGGAUGGGAGAUGGCCAUAGGGGACAGCACACUUGAUGGUUGUUGCCGAAGUAUUUUCUAACAGAAACUCUUAGGUGGAAUGUUUCUGAAGGCUUUAAAAAAAUAUAAUAAAGUAAAAACCCCAGUUGGAACUCUUUCCUCUCCCCAGCCCCCUUACCUUCACUCCCAUACUGGACAAGACAUUUUGGACAUGAGUUCAAGGGGGCAGGUUAAUUCCUGGCAUUGCCAGUUUUCUUCAUUCAGAAUCUGUUUAUUUAUCAAGUGACUGUCCCCGUAAAAAGUAGAAAAGUUUGUUAAAGUAUUUUUUAUAAACAGCUUAAUAUAAAACAUUAUAGAUUUAGUGUUUGGCUUUUUUCCUUAUAAGUUUAUAAGUUUGAUUUCAAAUGUUGGAAAUGUGUGCUUUAUAGUGUUUACUAAAGUGACAAGAAAAUAUACCAUUUGACACACUAUAGAUUCCAAACAUAACGUUGCACCAAAUAGAAAUGUAUAUUUUAUUAUGCAAUGCCUUAGUCAUAAACUGGGCUCAAACAAUUCUCAGCCUAAAACACUGUUGUCUUUUAAAAUGCUUCCAACCCAAAGGCCUUUCAUCUCAAUAUCUGUCAAACUUGAAUAAUGUCUUCUCUUUAAUAUUCACAUAAGGCAGCCUAUUAACUGUGUCUUAGCAAUGUUGUAUAUAGUUCUUUUAAUAUUCAUAAGGUAUAUUUUUGAAUUUUGGUAUUUGUUGAGAUUGCAUAGAAGAAUAGUAGGAAAUCCAAUGAAAUGGCUGUUUCCACCAAGAAUUCUUAGCACUGGUGUAAAUAUCAUGGUGCCUACUCGAAAGAAAUGUAGAUGCUAUGCAUUUUGAAAAUAAUCUGCAUCAGUUAGAACUGCAGAAGUUUUUUUAAUGCCACUUUAACACUAAUGCACUGACAGAUUCUAAAUAUUUUGUGAGAAGAAAUGUUAAAAAUUUUUAGCUUGACAGGUUUCUAGAGUUGUUGUGUUCCCCCCCCCACCUUGCACCAUUGGUUGUGUAUCACUUUCACUUUACACUUGCAUGUUCUACUUGUCAGGGCUGGAACUAUUGUAUAGAAGAUAAUAUGAUUGUGACUUCCAGUUCUUUUCUAGAGGAUGCUGCUAGAAAAUGGUUUUGCUUUGUAUUUUAUAGCUUGUUACUCUUAGGUAGGUAACAUCAUCCAUUCUGCUUUCUUCCAGUCUUUGCAGUAUUCACUAGAGGUUCCCUUUGCAUGUUGCACUCUGUUCUCAUUUGGAGAUUGAACUCUGAAUUAACACAGUAUUCAUUCAUCUGUGUUAUUUUGUAAAAAUAACUGUAGCUUAUAUUCUUUAUUUGUACAUACCAAUGUGAAAAUCCACUCUUUUAUUAUGUUGAGAUUAUCUUCUGAUCAGGAAGUUUGAGUGCUAUGCAAAUAACACAGUAGUAAUUUCUCUUUGCAUGCCAUGUGUAAUAUACCUAGCCAAAACCAGAUGCGGUGACUUUCUUUUUUUGUAAAGCAAAUUACUUAAGAAAAUACAAUUCACUUGAAUUUGACAAACUGAAACAGAUGAGUUUUCUGGGUUCUCUGAUAACCUAUGGGAAUGUUUGGAUGCCAGCUGGGCUCAGUGAAUCGCCACUGUACUGUAAUAAUGGUUAUUUACCUCUGUGCUGUUUCAGUUACUUAACGUCUGUGUAACUGCUGAUUUGAGUAGUGAUUAGCAUUUAGAUAAUUUAACAGGAUUUUAGAGAGCACUUUGAAAGAUAACAUUUUAUUUUGAUGGUGCUAGGUAAAAAAUUGUAAAGACUGGGAUGGUUGUGUGGAAAACAUUUUUUGAGAGAACCUAUUGAAAGGAAUUUGUUGUCACCUUCUAAACUAGAAUAGUUGUUGAAGGUACCGCUUAAGCCAUUUUUUUCUUAACAUCAGUGGCUCAGUUAAGGAAUGAGAAGAUAGAGGGUCCUCCACUUUCCGCUCAUGCUUUUUUAUGUAGGACUAGCUUACCUGAUUUUAAUGAAAAUCACAUUUUGAUAUAAACACCAGAUUUGAAAGUUCAAUGUGUUUGAUCUCAGGAGUCCAAAAUAAGUUGUUGCUUCUAGUGUCCUGCAUUUUAUUGACUGGGGUUUGAUCUCAGUUUCUGAAAAUGUUUAAAAAUUGGAAGGAAAUACUGUUCAUAUCUUCAUUGUCACUUUGUCUUACCUCAAUCGAGUAACAGAAUAUAGCUCCUGAAGGAAACACUGAUUUGCUUUCUGUUUCCCAUAUCUCACCUCUAGGAUAUGAUGGAAGAAGUGCUUGAAAGAGAAUUUUAGCAGAUGGUACUUUUCUCAGUGACCUCUGGAAUAAAAGAACUGACUUUUGAUAGUUUUAAAAUUAAUCUUUGCAUGAAGGUUGGUUUCGCUUUUUUCCUUUAAGUUUGUUUUUAAAUGUAUUAAUUAGUCCAGGGGAUUUUUGCCUUAUGCUGAGGUCAAACUAAGGCUAAGCAAGCUUUUGUCCUUCAUUUUAAUUGUUUGUCAUACUGUAUGUUGACAUAUUUCUUUAUAAGAGAAUAGAGGCAAAAGUAUAGAAGUGAGGAUCAUUUGUAUUUUUGAGUUGGAAAUUAUGAAACUUCACCAUAUUAUUAUGAUCAUACAUAUUCUGAAGAACAGACUGACCAAAGCUCACCUGUUUUUUGUGUUAGGUGCUUUGGCUGAACUUGAUUCCAGCCCCCUUUCCCUUUGGUGUUGUGUAUGUCUCUUCAUUUCUUCUCAAAUAAAUCUUCAACUCUUGCCCCAUGUCUCCUUGGCAGCAGGAUGCUGGCAUCUGUGUAGUCCUCAUACUGUUUACUGAUAACCCACAAAUUCAUUUUCAUGGCAGACCUAAGCUCAGACCCUGCCUUGUCCUGGCAAGCGUAGGUUUUCCCAGACCACAAUGCUGAUAUAUCUUAUUUAAUGCAGACUGUAUUCUUGCAGUGUGUUGUUUCCUUUGUGACUCAAGGUUGAAUUAAAAUGCCUGUGAACUGCAAACUUGCUUAUGAUUGACUUGGUGCAAUAAAGUUCCUUUCUAACCAUUUCUGGUUUAGAAAACAUUCAGCCAUCCUAGAAACUAGCAAUAUUUAUUUUUGCCUCUUUCGUUUUACCUUUUUUAGAUGAGGUAAAUGUUUUGUCUUUUACUUAAGGGUACUAAGCAAGGUCCACUCUAGUGUAGCUGAAGAGAAUGCAUAUUUGGCUACACUAUUUCUGUUUACUGUAUUUUGUUUCCUACUUUAUAUCUAAAUGCUAUUGUUUGUUUAAAAUCCUAAUAAUGUCUCAUUUCCAAUAUGUUAUUUUCAAAUAACUAAGGUUUUGCUACUAGUGUCAGCCAUUUACUCUCCAGCUAAUUGGGAUUAUUUUUUAAAAGAGGUCUUUCUCCCCGAAAUAGAAGUUUUAGAAAAUCUUGGAAGAGGGGUGGGUGCAUGUUAAUGCUGGGAAGCGGCAACUUUGGGGUUGAACUUACUUGAAUGGAUUAAAAAUUGCAUUGUGUUACAGAGCUAGAAAAUUUUAUGUAUGAAAAACGAUAAUAGCCUUACACUGAGUACAAAUAAUACUUUAAGAGCAUGUGAAGAUGUGAUCAUUUGUGAUGUUACUUGUAAAAAAAAGUAUAUAUACAUAUCUUUUGAAGUGUUAAAAGGAAACUAGUACUUUAUAUUCUUUAUCAUAUCACUUUUUGUAAGUGUUGAAUAUAUUCCUGUUUAUUUUUCUAUGUUCUGUUUUGUAGCCUUAAGAAGUGUUUCAAACAUAUCUGAAUGUAUAAAAUAAGAGUAAAUGCCCUACAUGGUGUGAUGCUGCAUUAUAUAUAAAACUGUGUGCAUAUAUUAAAUUUUGUCUCUUGA